AUGGCACAAGCCAACGCCGACAAUGAUCUCAUCAUCAUCAAAUCCCCUCACAAGGCAGCGUGGACUACAAACGCAAAAGCCGAUGCAGACGAUCUGAACAGCGACGACGGUUGGCGCACCACAGCAUACGACAAAUCUGUCGGGAGUUCGGGGCCUGCUUCGCGGUCAUUUAUUUUUUUGGCUAUUCUCGAGUACAAAGCCGAUGCUGCCGGCGGCGACGCACCAUCGACACACCCUCAGUCCUUCGUCAAGCGUAAUAAUUAAGCCUUGUCAUUGCCGCGAAUGGCGCAAGCUGUUUCGUGGGGGAGGGGAAGAAGGUCCGUCGCUAUACGUUGCCUGCAUGACCCAGGACGCCAUCGCUUUUGCAUGGAAGAGGAACAGCCUAUGAUGAGUUUUGCAUGUGAACUUAACCA